AUGAACAAUUUUCCUAAGGUUUGUGCCUCUGACGACGAAGACGAUUUGGAAUUAUUGCGUUUAAAAGCGCUAGAAACAUUGAAAAGGAAAAAUGCUGCAGCUGAUAGUUCCACCAACAUUCAUCUAAAGGGAAACAGCCCUGACAAACAUAACCAGUAUGGGAGAAAUAAAAGAAGGAGGACAUUUGGACCUCAUCCAGGCAGAGGAGGAAAGAAUUUUCAGGGACAUUUCAACCGACCCCGCAACACGAAUCUCAUAGCAAUCACUCCGGUGUCGGACGAAACAGAUAUCAAAGAAAAACCGUUUGCAAACAGGGCAACCAAUCCGACCCAUUCGAAUAGGUACGCUGAAAAGCAAGAUAAUGUAACAGAGGGCACAAGUAAAUUCAAUCGAUACGAUAACUCGGACAAAUCAGACACCGAAUCGGAAGAGGAAGAAGAAGAAUCAGAGUCGGAAGAAGCGUCCCCAGGAAAGUUAGAAAGGGCGGAUAGCUUAGAGGCCCUUAUGCAAGAAUUGGAUGACGAAAUUCAAGGAAAACCGAAAGCGAAAGAAGAAAAGCAAGCAAACGGCGAGAAACCGAAGAAGAAAACCAAAAAGAAAAAGAGGCUAACGUCAGACUCUGACCACAAGAACACCGACUCGAAAACUGACAACGAACAGUCCGACAAGAGUACUGAACUAGUCAAACAAGACGCUGACAAACCAACGGAAAACGAAGAAGCAACAGUACCCAAUGAACAUGACAACAACGUUGAAGCUGCAGCAGAAAAUGCCCCUACCAGAACGGACAACAUCCACAAGAAACGCCAAAGGUCGCGGUCGCCUUUCACCAGACGUACUAACUUCCGCCCUAGAAGGGCCCCAAACUACCCCAACUCGCGCCACCUACCGCAUCUGGACAUCAACCCGUUCCAACCGCCUCACAUGUACCCCCCGUUCAACCAAAUGUACCCUCCGCUCGUCAAUCAACCGCCCCCGUUUUACGAAAGACCAAUUUCGCCCUUGAGCAUCAACACGGAAUCGCUCACCACCGCCACUCUAGCUCCGCUCUCCCCCAGGAGCGCCGCCUUCGUCUUGCAGAACAAGGCCAUCAUUGAGAAGCGCAAGAGGUCUCCGCGCAGGUCCUACUCUAGAAGCUUCUCGCGCAGCCUGUCGCGCAGCCCCAGACGGUCGCUGACUCCGCCCAGAAGGCCCAUACGGAGGUCGAUAUCGCCUAGGAGAUUGUCAAGGUCUCCCAGGAGGUUUUCUCCUAGAAGAAGGUCCCUUUCGCCUAGAAGAAGAAACGUCGCGAGAAAGGAUAGUUCUCCUAAGAGCAAGAACUCGGGUCGCAAUAGGCCCGGCAAGUCGGAGGAUAAUAAAGUUAAAGAUGAUAGUAAAGGUAAAGAUGAUGGUAAAGUUAAAGAUGCUGUCAGAGAUAAAGAGAAAGAGAAACUUCCAGUGAAGCAGCCGAAGGAAGAAGCUUCGUUGGACCCGGUGUUGGAGGCUAGGAAGAGGAAGUUUGAGUCGAAUCAGCUUGGGAAGAAAGCUGGGAUUAUCAGGUUGAAACCGAAAGAGGAGAAACAGCCGGAAAGUGCCCCUAUGCAAGAGCUACCUUCAGCUGUAAAAGAAGAAACACAAACACCGACACCUGCAAGCACAGAAGUCGAUGAAGCAAAACCAAUAGAUGACACGAACAAGGAUCCGGAUGAGUUCAAGGAGCUGGAGAAGCUGCUCAACGAAGAUUUGUUGCUGGAAAGUGACGACUUUAUAGAUCACAAAGUCGAAGAUAUCUUUUCCGACGAAGAGUCCACCAGCGACAACGAGGGACGGUUUAAAGUGAAGCAAAAAGCUGGAGAGAAGGUAUCAGUUCUGUCUUUCUCCAAACUGAUGAACGGCGCUAAAGCGGAGGUCAAAACUGAACCGUUGCAAUCGAGAGGGGAAAGAAGUAGAGACAGACAUAGCAGCAGCCGGUAUAACGAAAGAAAACGUAGAACUCCGACAGAUAGAAGACUUGCAUCCCGUAGAAACGAAGGUAGAGAAAGGAAAGAGGCUGGGAGGGAUAGAAAGGACGAAGAAAAGGAGGCCCAGAAGAAAGUGGAAACUCAAGAGAAAUCGUCUGCCAAACAGAGGAUAUCUUUGAGGAAAGAGAGACCGCCUCCUUCGAUGGACAAAAGAUUCGAGAGGAAAAUCGAAAUAAAAAUCAAGAAUCCUUCUAAAUAUGAGAAGAGUGGCAAAGAGAGGAUAUCGAAGGGCGAAGACAAGGGUCUGAAGGCUGAGAAGGUUAUCGAAAGUGAGAAGGAAGAGGAGGCUGUAGUGGAGUUGAAGGAUGAAGAUGAAGUUGAUGAAGUCGGCCCUGACAAUGUUGAAGAAGUCAUGGAUGAAGACAACCUUGCUGUCAAUGAAGGUGAUCUUAGAGCUCAACUCAGCAGGAAAAGGGCCGAAAAACUUCACAAAAUACCAGCCGAGGAGGUAUCUUCCCGGAUACUACAGUUCGCUUUGCAGGGGGCCGUUUACAGGAAGACAAAGAAAAAAUCCAAAGAUAAAAAUAUUACUGAUAAUGAUGGAAAAUUACCAAUUCAUCUGCGCCUCGGAUUAACCAAUCAGACGGAAAUUUUCGAAGAUGUGAAAGUGAAGAGGAAAUCCAGGAAAAGGAAGAAUCGUGAGGUACUGGAGCAGGUAUAUAAUUUUUUGUUGCAAGAUUUUCUAUAUUAGUAA